GUAAUUUGAAAAAUAACAAGACAGAAAUAGGUCGAAGGAUUUCAAAGAUGAUUUGGUCUUGUAAAAGUGAUCGAUAAUAGGUGGUAGUAGGUUGAGGAGCGUGUAAAGGGCCGAUAUCCGUGCCACUUGGGAUCCCCUGUUUCCUCCGUUUCCUACUCUACACAUUUACACAGUGUUAGCAGCAGCAGUUUUGCUUCGUCGUCGUUGUUCGUAGGAAAAGCACGCAGUCGCAAAGUGAACGAGCAGCACGCACAUCGUGUUCGUGAUCACCAGAAGACAACUCAGGAGUUCGAUUUUGACAAUCAACAGGAUCUUGUUAUCGUUCUGCUGAAAAAGAAGAAAAUCAAAAGUCCGAGAUGAUAAUGGAGAAAAUGAGAUCGUUGAAAUCAAGGAUUACGAGAAUAACGAUGAUGCGAAGUUUUCAAAUGCGUCUUAUUAGAAGAUCGAUCAUAUCGUUUUAUCGAACUACGGUUAACGUCGAAUAGGAAGGAAAAAUAAAAAUAAUAUUAAUAAAAAUAGAAGAGAAGAAAAGUGUUGAGCCUACUUUUCUUUAUCCGAGAAAAGCCUUUAGACGACCGCAAUGCGCGCGCGGUGAAACUACGAGAGCCACUACUCCAGUGUUUUACAUCACGAAUCAUUGUGAAAUGGUGUUAUUAUCUUAACGCGUAUAAUAUGGUAACUAUGAGCUCCGAAAAGUCGGCCUCCCGCCGAAAACCAAUUGAAAAUAAUGAUACGAGAGAAUCUUCGGAUCAAACUGGAGAAAGGGAAGAUAAUAAUCGUACCGAGGAGAAUGUUGAAAAACAGAAUACACCCACGCAUCGUGUCACUGCCUGUUGCGCUGAAGAUACACCAAAUUAUCUCGUCUAUAAAAAGAUGGAAUCUUUGGUGGAAAAAAUGUUAAACGAAGCUACAGGUGUUCCUGUUAAAACAGUUAAAAGUUUCAUGACGAAAACUCCAUCCGUUUUUACGGGUUCCGAUUUGAUAUCUUGGAUGAUGAAAACUAUGGAUAUCGAUGAUCAAGAAUCUCUUCACGUGGCACAUCUCAUGGCAUCUCAUGGUUAUUUUUUCCCCAUUGACGAUCAUUGUCUUACCGUUAAAAAUGAUAACACAUUCUAUAGAUUUCAAACACCUUAUUUUUGGCCAUCUAAUUCUUGGGAACCAGAAAAUACUGAUUACGCCGUUUAUUUAUGCAAAAGAACGAUGCAGAAUAAAACUCGUCUUGAAUUAGCUGAUUACGAGGCCGAGAAUUUAGCUAGGUUGCAGAAAAUAUUUUCUCGAAAGUGGGAGUUCAUUUUUAUGCAAGCGGAAGCACAAAGUAAAGUCGAUAAAAAGAGGGAUAAACUGGAAAGGAAAGUGUUGGAUAGUCAGGAAAGGGCAUUCUGGGAUGUACAUCGGCCGAUGCCUGGUUGUGUAAAUACAACAGAACUCGAUAUAAAGAAAGAAUGCCGCAGUCAAAAACCAACCUUCAGAUCGAACAAACAUUUGAAAAUUGGGAUCACUGGUGAAAGGGUUUCUCCUCAUUCGGAAUCACAUUUAGCAGCUUCGAUAGAAUCUGUCCAAAAGGAGAUUGACAUGUUGAAAGAUAGGUUGGACAGAAGAAACAUCAAAGUAUCCAAAGUUGCGGAAGCUCUUAUCGGAUAUUUCGAACAGUAUGCCGAGUAUGAUCCAUUUUUUACUCAACCUGAAUUUACUAAUCCGUGGGUAUCGGAUAGUUCGGAAAUGUGGGAACAAGAAAAAAUAGCGAAAGAAGUGUCUACGAGAAGAGUUAAAAGAUGGGCAUUUGGUCUUCAGGAAUUGUUACAGGAUCCGAUUGGUAGAGAACAAUUUAUACGAUUUUUGGAGAAAGAGUUCAGCAGUGAAAAUCUCAAAUUUUGGGAAACCGUACAGGAAUUGAAAACUUUCCCGCAGAAAGAUGUUAACGUUAAGGCUGGAGAAAUUUGGAACGAAUUUUUGGGCCCAGAUGCAAGCUGUCCAAUUAACGUCGAUUCUAGGUCCUUCGAAAUAACAAAAAGAAAUCUUGAGAAACCUGAUCGUUGGUGCUUCGACAUAGCUGCGGCACACGUUUAUCAUUUAAUGAAAAGCGAUAGUUAUUCGAGAUAUCUUCGUUCCGAGAUGUACAAAGACUUCCUCAACGGUUCGAAGAAGAAGACAUCGGUAAAGGGUAUUCGAUCAAUCGUAUCUUUCACGGGUCGCAGAGACACGGCAACCUCGUAAUCAAUCAAUUAUGAUCUUUGAAAAAUAUAUCCUAUAGAAAAAUUGAAAAAGAAAAAAAGAAAAUGAAGCGCAGAAGCAAAUCAUUUCUAAUCGUUAAUCACGUAAGUUAACACUUAAGGUCUUCUAGAUACUAUCAUUUAAUGCAAUUGAUAAGAAUCUUCGAAUUUAUGCGCGCAAAUAAGCUAUGAUAAUACAUACGUUCCUCGAUAAAUGUUCAAUAACAAAUCGGAAUGUAUCGUUAAAAGAAAAAGAAAAAAAUAAAUCAACUUGACGAUUAAACGAGCAUAAUUAUUUAAAUUACUUAUAUACGUACACCUAUGUAUUUCUACGUAUGUAUAAUAUGUUUGUAAUAAUUAUGCUCCAUUAUAAAAAAGACUUAAACACAGAGAGAAACAUAACUAUAUGUUUAAAAGUAUUCGUCCUACUGCUAUUUUCGUAUUACUGUAUUUAUUAAUUGGAUUAAUAUAUAUAUAAAUAUUAUAGAAUGAAAGUUUCCAUAAUAUACAAACCAAAAUGUGUAUCUAUAGAUAAUUUAGAUGAUACAAAAGUUUAUAAUUAGGAUUUAUUUGUAAGCUUGUGUGUAGAAGGCAAUGAGAUUAUACCAUAAGAAAUACUGGUAGAAAUAGCGUAAUAAUAAGAGUAAGUCAUAAAUAUUAGUAGAACAAGUAUAUCAAAUGUACAGUAGUAUUAUAUGCUUCUUAGAAUGAUAUUACAUUAAACUUCUUUAUCGUAAUGAUUCUAUGUAAUUCAGCAACAAAUUUUUCAAUUUAUCGUUUAAAACAACAAACAAACAAAAAAGAACAAAAA